AUGAAGAGGAUCGGGAAAUGGGAAUUAGCAGCGCUAUGGCUGUACGCUCUCUCUCUAUUGUGGAGUACAGUUGGAGCUCAGAUUCGCUACACAAUACCAGAAGAGUUAAAGGAAGGAUCUAUUGUUGGGAAUAUCGCCAAGGAUCUUGGUUUUGACAUCUCAGAUAUCGCCGAGCGUAAGUUACGGAUAGCAUCUGAGUCGAAUAGACAAUAUUUCAGUGUGGAUUCAGGGAAGGGGGAUCUGGUAGUAAAUGGAAGAAUAGACAGAGAGACACUCUGUGGACAAAGCGCCAGUUGUCUGAUGCCACUGCAAAUCGUUAUAGAGAAUCCUUUACAGUUGCAUAGAGUAGAAAUAGAAAUACAAGACAUAAAUGACAAUCCACCAACUUUCCAUACGAAAGAUGUUAUAUUAAAAAUAUCUGAACUGGUUGCUCCAGGGACACGAUUUUCUCUUGAAAGUGCCGAAGACCUCGACGUCAGCAGUAAUAGCUUAAAGACGUACACAUUGAACAAUAACGAUUUCUUCCGUCUUAAUGUAAAAACACUUAAAAACGGAAGAAAGGUACCAGAACUAGUCGUUGAAAAAGCUUUAGACAGAGAGAAACAAUCUAUUCAUGAAUUAAUUUUAACAGCGUUAGAUGGUGGUAAUCCGGUAAAAUCUGGUACAUCUUUAUUGCAAAUAAUAGUUCAAGAUAUAAACGACAACGAACCAAAAUUUGAGGUAGCUUCAUACAAAGCGUCUGUUGUAGAAAAAGCAACUUUUGAUUUAAGUGUGCUUAAAAUAAAAGCCACGGACCCGGAUGAAGGUCUAAAUGGGGAAAUAGAGUAUUUGUUUGCUGCACACACGCCUGAAUCUGUAAGAAAUGUAUUUAGAGUGAACGUUGAAACUGGCGAAAUAAAAGUCAUUGGGGGACUAGAUUACGAGACUAAAAAAUCAUAUACGUUUGAUGUCUGCGCUAAAGACAAAGGGAAUCCGGAGCUCGAGGGACAAUCUUCAGUUCAGAUAGAUAUCAUAGAUGAGAAUGACAACCCUCCAGAGAUUAUAUUAACAUCCUUACCGAGCCCUGUGCCUGAAAAUGCGACAGUGGGAACUGUGGUGGCUCUGAUUAAUGUCAAAGAUUUGGACUCAGGAAAUAAUGGAAAGGUUGAACUAACGAUUUCUACAGGCGCUCCAUUCAAAAUAAUAACAUCUUUCGAAAACCACUACUCGUUGAUAACUGAUUCAUUUUUAGACCGUGAGCUUAAUUCUGAAUAUAAUAUUGAAAUACUGGCCAGGGAUUUGGGUGUUCCAUCUUUAAUAACUACAAAGGCAGUAAAUGUUAAAGUGCUUGACGUCAAUGACAACUCUCCAGUAUUUUCACAGUCCUCGUAUAAUGUUUAUAUAAACGAAAAUAAUCUGGCAGGGUUUUCGUUGUUUUCUGUAUCUGCGACGGAUAGUGACCAAGACAAGAAUGCUAUGCUCACUUAUUCCGUUUUGGAUUUAAGUCCAAAUCACGUUCCAGCAUCAUCUUAUUUUUAUAUUAACUCUGAGAACGGAACUAUUUACAGCAUGAGUUCAUUUGAUUAUGAGAAAAUGAAACUAAUCAGCAUUGUAGUGCAGGCUAAAGAUCAAGGCUCUCCAUCUUUGAGCAGCAACGCAACUGUUCACGUGUUUAUUCUGGACCAGAACGAUAAUGCACCUGCUGUCAUUUACCCAUCCACAUCCAUGGGCUCAGUCUCUCACCAGAGAAUGCCCCGUUUUGCAAAAGCAGGGCAUCUCGUUACUAAAGUAACAGCAGUGGACGCGGACUCGGGUCAUAACGCCUGGCUGUUCUACAGGCUCGCGGAGGCCACGGACGCGUCUCUGUUUAGCGUGAAUUUACAUACGGGAGAAGUGAGGACUAAACGCGCUGUUUCAGAGCACGAUGACUCCUCUCAGAGACUGGUCUUAGAGAUAAAGGAUAAUGGAGAUCCGAUCCAGUCCACCACAGUCACAGUGGAUAUACUAAUAGAGGACGGGUUUCAUGAGCCCGUCUCAGACUACAGAGAGAAAACUAAUGAGCCAAGUAAGAAAACUGGCAAAAUUACACUAUACCUUAUUAUCUCUUUGGCUUCCGUGUCUUUGUUGUGUCUCAUGACGUUUUUCAUCUUACUGGUGAAAUGUGCGCGUGGCAGUAGAGGCGGCACAAGCUGCUGUAUCAGGAGGACAAAUUCUGAUUACAAAAACCCCAACAGAAACCUGCAGAUCCAGCUCAACACUGACGGGCCCAUUAAGUAUGUGGAGGUUCUGGGAGGAGAUAUGAUGUCUCAGAGUCAGUCCUUUGGCUCUUAUCUCUCUCCAAUGUCCGAAUUCAGUGAUCUCACUCUCAUUAAGCCCAGCAGCACCACAAACUUUACAGACACGCUAAACACGCUUGAUGCGUCAUUACCAGACAGCGCGUGGACGUUUGAGAGCCAACAGCAAAAGCCACCUAAUACUGACUGGCGAUUUCCCCCAAACCAGAGGCCUGGACCCAGCGGGGCUGGAGCACGUCCUGAAGAGGCAGGUGCCGGUGCUGGUGUGAUAGCAGGAACAGGACCAUGGCCCAACCCCCCUACUGAGGCUGAACAGCUCCAGGCUAUGAUGGCAGCAGCAAACGCAAGUGAAGCCACUGCGACUCUUGGCCCUCGCUACAAUCUACAGUAUGGCCCGGAUUACCGUCAGAACGUCUACAUCCCAGGCAGCACUGCCACCCUUACAGCCAACCCUCAGCAACAGGUUCUCCAGCAGGCCCUUCCUCCACCACAGGCCCUUCCACCUACCGAAGUCCCCAAAGCGGCUCAAACACCAGCCAGUAAGAAGAAACCCACAAAGAAAGACAAGAAGUAAGACCUGUGGAAGAGCUGAAGAAACAUGUUGCCGGGAAUCUAAACAUCUAUCCUCUCAAACCAUGUUGGGUUUGGAUGAAGAUUUAAAAAGAAAAAAGUGAAUAGUAUUACUUGUUUUAGCGUUAACAUGAGACAAUAAGCAACCAAACAAGAGGAAAUGUGUUCAGAUUCCCGAAGCCCUUUCUCUGACAGAUAUCUCUGUCUUGUAAAUAGCAUACUAAAACAAGAAGAAACACAUUUCUUCUUUUUAUUUUUUCCCUCAAAUGUCACGUUUUAGGCUUUUUGUGUUCUUUUCAAAGCAAAGUAGAUGCUUAUUGUGGAUACAAAAUGAAACGCUGUUAGGCUUUUUAACAUGAUGUGCCACAACUCUCACCUUAACUGAAGAAAGGAGUAUUUAGCUGAACUAUGCAUUGCAAAGGAGAUACAAAAGGUGAACGUAUAUAUAAAGUGUUUUCCAGGUGAGAUAAUACAUGUAUAUUUGCGUAAAAAAAUCUGACGGUGAGACACUGGAUUGUCGGCAUGGUGUUUAAAAAUAGAUUCAGUCUUCUCAUUAACUUCUUAAUAGCCAGUUAAGCAGAGCUGAAUGUUAGGUUAAUGACGUUUGACUAUUCUUUGUUAUUAUUUCCUGUUGGCGUGCUAAAGAAUCCUCUGGAAAUGAAGUAAUGUAAACAGUGUUUUUUUGAUGCUGAGAAAAGAUAAUCACAGCCUUUGUAAGGUCAAUGAUUUGGGUCAAAGGAAGAAGAUCUAAAGAAGGAAACAGCAGAAAUGUGCUUGAAUGGAUCUUAGAUGGAAGGAUUUCAUGUCUGUUCAUCUGCACCUACCACCACUAUCGUGUAUAUAAAAUGUGUAACCUGUCUGUACAAACAUUAGAGCCACAAGGGCUGGCUGUUACAGGAAUGUUUCAGUAUUUUUUACAAAAAAAAAAACAACAAAAAAAGACACAAGAAAAAAAAAAGAUCCAGUGUAGUGUUUUAGGAAUAAAAGCUUCAAGUCCAUUGACUAACCAAACUGUACAUACUACGAAACUUCUGAUGACACGCAAUCGUAGCUUAAGGCUUGUGGAGUAUGUGCAUAUUUUUGUGUUUUCCCCCUCUUGAUUACACUUUACUUUCCUCUUCUCCAAUCACCUAAACCUUUGAAAGAUAACAGACAAUACUUAUACUGUCUUUGCUAUAGAGUAACACCCUUUCCCAUCUUACUGUACUUUUCUGUGCUUGUAAUUCCAAUCAGUCCUUAAUGAUACUGGAAUGCCACUCCUGUCUGUUUGACUUUGAAUAUCUAUCUAUCUAUCUAUAUAUAUAAAUGUCUGUCUGCUGCUUGGCUACUUUUUCUGUAUUUGACUGUGAUUCCUUUAAAGAAACGCUUAGCACCUCAUGUUACUCUUUUUAUUUUAUAAUCUACUAUUUAUAUCGCUGUUUGAUUUAUGUUUUACUUUAUUAUUGGAACACUUACAUUUGAAAUAAAAUUUUGUCAGAACUC